CCUAAAAAUCUCUGCUAGGAAAAUAAAAUAUUAAAAAAGAAGUGUGGAAAUAUAAUAAUAAUAUGUAAAAGUGGAAAGAUACCGAAAGGAGAAAGGAGAGCCACAGAAGAAGAGUGGGACCCAAGUGACCUUGCUGUAAUAAGCAUAGUGUUUCCUUUUGAUACGCAGUUUCAUUUUUUUAAAAAAAAAUCUCUUAUCUUCUUCUCUUCUUCUCCUCCACACCACCCAGUUGUUCACUCACCAACAACUUGUCCUUCUUUAGUUGUUUACAAUCUCUUGAUUAAUAUCUCAAAACAUUUUCUCUUCGCCUAUAUUUUUUUUUGCUAACCUAUUCUCAGAGGAGAAAGGUAGAUAUUCAGGUGUUCUUGAUCUAUUAAACCAAGAAUCAAGAACUGUGUUUGGAAGAAAAAAGAGAUGAAGAUACAGUGUGAUGUGUGUGAGAAUGCUCCGGCCACGGUGAUAUGUUGCGCCGACGAAGCAGCUCUGUGUCCUAAAUGCGACGUGGAGAUCCACGCAGCUAACAAACUCGCAAGCAAGCACCAACGCCUCCAUCUCAACUCUCUCUCCACCAAGUUCCCUCGUUGCGACAUCUGCCAAGAGAAGGCAGCUUUCAUAUUCUGUGUGGAGGAUAGAGCUCUGCUUUGUAAGGACUGUGAUGAAUCAAUCCACGUGGCUAAUUCUAGAUCUGCAAAUCAUCAGAGGUUCUUAGCCACUGGGAUCAAAGUGGCUCUGAGCUCAAGUAGCUGCAGUAAAGAAACGGAGAAGAAUCAUCAAUCUGAGCCUUCAAACAACCAACAGAAAGCUAAGGAGAUUCCUGCAGCUAAAACCCCAAGCCAACAACAGCAACAGCAACAGCCUGCACCUGCUGCUGCUCCUCUUCCAUGGGCUGUUGACGAUUUCUUCCACUUCUCUGAUCCUGAGUUCACAGAUAAGCAGAAAGGACAGCUUGAUCUUGGGGAGUUAGAGUGGUUUUCAGACAUGGGUUUCUUCGGUGAUGAGAUUAGUCAGGAGACUCUUCCCGCAGCUGAAGUUCCAGAGCUUUCCAUUGCGCAUUUAGGUCAUGUUCAUUCGUACAGACCAAUGAAGUCCAACGUUUCAUACAAGAAGCCGAGGAUAGAGAUCAGAGAUGAUGAGGAUGAUGAUGAAGAGCAUUUCAUUGUCCCUGAUCUAGGCUGAAAGCUAUAUAUGUAUAGUAGACAUUUCUUAGAAACCUAUCUGCAUAAGGAGAAUGAUGUGUGAAGUCGUCAGUGUCCGUAUCUUUUUAGUUUCGUCUAAGUUGAGUAAGCUAUGUCUGAGAGCUUUAUUACACACUUUUCUUUACUUUUUUUUUGUCCGAAAUCUCUGUUAGAUGUUUUGUGUUUGAGUUUGUUCAUAUACCCUCUUUGAACAUGGUAUUUGCUAUAUCUUUGGUACUACUACAAACUCGAAUCUAAACUUGAAUAAAAGGAGUCUUCCUCUGCU